AUGGGUAACUGCUUGCGAUCCAGUGUAGGUGGAGAGAGAGGAGAUCAGAUGAUCAAAGUGAUGAAAAUGGAUGGAAAUAUUUUGGAAUAUGGUCCUCCUCUCCUGGUCAGAGAUCUUCUCACUGAAAAAGAUUAUGGGCGAAAUUAUAUGCUUGCUCACCCACAAAAUGUUAGGGAUGCUCUGCCCCAGGACUAUAAAUUGAAGGGCGGUGAGCUUUACUACCUCAUUCCUUCCCAUCUUGAAGAUGAGAGCAGCUUUAAUGGAGGAGGAAUGAAGGAAAGAGGGGUAAAGGGAGAAAAGGGUAUGAAGAUCAAAAUUAUGGUGUCAAAAACAGAGCUCAAGGCUUUGCUUUCAGAUGGGUGUGUGAAGGAGAAAUGGGUGGAAGACUUUUUGCUGAAGCAGCUUGAGGCCAAGUUCCUGCAACUUCAACAGAAAGCUUGUGUUGCAAGGGGAAAAUGGAGGCCGGCUUUAGAAAAGAUUCCAGAGACUAACUGA